CUCGCUGCGUCAUUACUCGUGGGUGUACACUGUCGCUGCGCCCACCACACCUCGCUGCCACCUUACUUCAGACAGGAGUGGGGCGUGUGUGAACCAGUUGAGGAAGGACACUGAAAGGGGUGAUUGUGUGAUCUGGUGUUCAGUGUAAUUUUUGUAACUUGGAAUUUCUCUCCUUGUCGUCGGAUUUUCUCCUCCCCAAAUUCCCCUGUGGCAGUUUUCACUCUCACCGUGCUAUCGCUUUCGGAUUCGCUGGACGUGUCUGCUUGCUGGAGGAGACUGGAAUGCGACGAGGAGCUGAGGAUGACAUGAUGGAUCCCACAGUGGCAGAAUUGGUGGAGCGGUGGGAUGCCCUCCACAAGGAGGGUCGUUUCUCUGCCCUCAAUGUCAGAGAUUACUGGCGGAUUAAAGUUCCUGAAAUUUACUCACCUUCACCAAACUGUAAUUGUUUGAGAAUAUUAUUUGAUGAAGAGCAGGCCCAAAAGAUGCUGUUUGACCCAUUGGAGAGGUUCAUGUGUGCAGGUGAUCCAACUCAGGUGUACCAGAUGGUUAAGCAACUAGAUAACCCUCCUUCCCUGUGUGGCCGAGUGUUUAAGAAUGGGGAUCCCACAUACGGGUGUCGGGACUGUGGCAUGGACCCCACCUGUGUCUUGUGUGCAGAUUGCUUCAAGAACUCAGCUCACAGCAAACAUAGAUACAAGAUCAGCACCUCUUCUGGGGGCGGCUAUUGUGACUGUGGUGACCGGGAAGCUUGGAAAACCGAUGUCUUCUGUGAUAUUCAUGUUAAGGGGCAAAUGGUGCAGCAGUCCAAAAACCCCCUAGAAAAGAUACCCCCUGAUAUGGUGGAGCGGAUCCAUCUUAUAUUUGACUGCAUCCUUGCUUAUGCCAAGGAGCUGCUCACUUAUGAGGAAGGGUUUUCUAUUCCCAAAGAUUUAGAGAUCCGUGAAUCAGAUCGAGAGCCCACCAAUCUUUCUAGUCUUUAUGAUAUUAAAGACACGUACGUUACCAUGCUGUACAAUGAUGAGACGCACACUUAUGACCAGGUAAUCGGUACCCUGGAGAAAGCAAUAAGUUGCAGCCAGAAGGAUGCUGUAGCCUUUGCCACAAGUAUAGAUAGGGAGGGGCGGUGCAUUGUUAAAUGCUCAAAUUUCCAGAAUUGUUCCCAAACCAAGAGUACGAUGGAGAAACAGACCUCAAGAGGAGGAGUAAAGCCUCUCAAAGUUCAGGUGAUGGAAACAUACAUCAUAGCUCACCAGAUCUUUGCUUCAAGACUAUUAGUUUGGCUGCAUAACAUUCUGGAGUCUGCACAGACUUUCAGACUAAUCUUCAGUGAUAUCAUCAAUAAGGAUGGAGGGACUAUUGUUGAGAGCAUCAUCUGGACAGACACCAAAAUGUGGAAGACAGCUAGAGUGCAGUGGCAUCGUCUCUUUAUUUCUGGAAUGCUCAUGGAUCAAGAGAGCAAAAAGAUGUUUGCCAGGACAUUCACCAAACACUACAGCAAGAUGAUGAAGGAUUUCAUUCUUGAUGACCAUGACCAUUCAGUAUCAGUGGCUUCUCUUGGUGUGCAACUGUUUACCAUGCCUACCAUUGCUCACAUGCUGGUAGCCGAAGAGGAUGUGCUGGCACGUCUCCUCAACACAUUCCUCUCUGAAUGUGACAAGAAACUCAAGGACAAUAAACUUGCUCUAGAACAUCGCAGCUCCAACACUUCCUCCUUCCGGCGCAUCCAGUACAUUCUGUAUGACCUCAAGUAUCUACUGGGGGUGAAGCCAGAAGUCUGGACUGAUGAUCUACGGAAAGGAUUUCUUCAUGGUUACAGCCUCCUCUUGCGUCUCUUAAGCAUGAUGCAAAGCAUGGAUCCAAUGGUGCGGCAGGUGGGCACUCACAUGGAGUAUGAGCCAGAAUGGGAGUCUGCCUUCAACCUCCAUAUUAAGUUGGCAUCAGUCAUCCCACUUGUUACUGAGUGGGCAGCUUCUGAUCGCAUUGUACUCCUCAAGGCUUAUCGGAUGUUGAUGAAGUCACUUGGAGAGCUAGGGAAUGAGGCCAGCCGGAGGAGGUAUGUCCGAGAACUUCUAGACUACUCUGUGUCAUGCAUUGAGUAUGACGUGUCCUCAGCCCCUGUUUCCAUCCACUUGCCACUGUCCCGUUUGGUGGCAGCUCUCACUCUUCACCUGGACAAGUAUGACCUCAACUACAAUUCUCCAGAGUUCCUGGUUAAGGGAAAGCCAUCACCAGAGGAAUUGAUGGAACCUGUGUUAAGGACCCAAGUCAUGAUAGCACAGGUGCAUGCUGGGAUGUGGCGCCGCAAUGGAUUUUCACUCAUCAACCAGAUCUACUUCUACCACAAUGUGCGGUGUCGACAGGAGAUGCUGGAUAGGGAUGUGAUGCUUCUGCAGAUUGCAGCAACACUCAUUGAUUCCAAUGAGUUUCUUGUCCACAUCCUGAACCGCUUCAACCUCAUGAACUGGGCACGGGAAGACUAUGAAGUAAAUUACUACAAGAGCAGUGAUGAGGACAACAUGAGGCAGACAGUGGUGCUGGUGGAAGAGUAUUUGCAGCUUGUGAUGACUUUGGUAGCUGAGCGUUACACUCCAGGCAUUGGACAAGUGGAAGAGGAGGAUAGGAUUAAGAAAGAGAUCAUUCAGCUCCUUUGUAUUGAGCCCAUGCCACACUCACUGCUCAACAAGGCUCUACCUGAAGGGCCAAAUCAUGAGACAGGCAUGGAAAAGGUUAUUGAUGAAGUUGCUGAUUUUAAGAAAUCAUCUGGCAAUGCUAAAGGUUUCUUUGAACUGAAACCAGAAUAUUAUUCUCAUUACAACCUCUUCUUCUACCACUACACUCGGGAAGAACAAAGCAAGUCUGAGGUUGGACAGCGAUUAAGAAAGAAGGGAGCUGGAGAAGAAGAGUGUUGUCCUCCCCCUGUUCCUCCACCCUUCACUGUGCCCUUCACCAUGAUUGUCAACAUCCUUCAGUGUGAUGUCUUUCUUCAUAUCAUCAAGACAGUUUUAAAAAGGAUGAGUGAACCCAAAACUCAGAGUGUUAGUGAAUCUCAGCUGCAGAAGGUACUGCACCUUAUAGGGUAUGCUCUCCAUGAGGAGGAACGUUACCACCACAAUAAUGACCCAUACUUCCACUUUACACGCCGGGCACAGAAAAUCAACCUGCUCAGCUUGCUGGGUCGCCUUGUGGGCCACCGCCGAACAACAACCCACAAAGAUCUUUUGGCAUGGACCAUUAAGAAGUACCAUGCUGUUCUCAACUUGUCAAGUGACUCAGCCAAACCAAGUCAGGCAUCUGAAGCUGUGUUGGCCUCUACUUCUUCUUCUGAUAUGGCCUCAGCCUCAGCAGAAAAGAAGAAAAGAGCUGACAUUGCUGCCCAGAGGAAAGCCCGGAUCAUGGCAAAGAUGGCCUCCAUGCAACAAAAUUUCAUAAAAACAAAUGAAACUUUCUUCAAGGAAACCCCAUCAACUGACCAACCUGCAGACGUCCCUGAACCAAUGGUAAUGGAACUUACUGAUCAGCUCCCAGAAAAUAUGAUAGCAAUUGGGCCUCGGCAGACACUGAUGCCGCCUCAGGAAGUAACGUACACUUGUAUCUUGUGCCACCAAGAAGACCGCUUGUGCCGUAGUGAUGGCACCCGAGGCCGCCCCAUGGUCUUGGGGGCACUCAUCCAGCGAUCCACGGUACUAUCCCGCAAUCGUUCCCAUCAUCUUGAUCAGCCUGAGACUCAUGAUACCCUCAUACUGCCAGGAGACCUGCAUUGGGGGGCUCACACCUCAUCAUGUGGUCAUGCUAUGCAUGCCAAUUGCUGGCAGAAAUAUUUUGAUGAUGUUGUAACCAAAGAGAGACGAAGACCAUACCGGUACCGGCCGAGUAUGAGUUUUGACGUUGAGAAGUCAGAGUUCCUGUGUCCCCUAUGUGAAGCAUUGUGCAACACUGCCUUGCCCCUCCUUCCAGGAGUCACAUGGGCUUCCUUUGGCCUUCAGGAUCAGCCUCCUCCUCCUACUCUUUCCCUGCCUGACUGGCUCAGAGGUCUUCACACUAUCCUCAAGUAUAAGACUGUGAUGGUGAAUGGUGCUCGGCCCAGUGAGGAGGGUGGCCACUCAGAUGAUGCACAGAUGGAUACCAGUCCACAGCCAGCAGGCAUGGUGGCUGGCCAUGGCACUGUAGGUGGGAUGGCAGCAGCCACCUCUGUAGGUGCUGGGGGAAGUGCUGCCUCCAUCCCAAUGGGAGGGUUGCCUGGCAGGGGAAGAGGCUCCACAAAUACUGGCAUUACUACAUUUAUGAAGGCAGUGCCAGGGGAUGGGGGGCAGAGGGUUAGGCCACCUCGCUGGUCCAGGAUCGCUUUCUACAAAAAACAUAAAAAGAGUGGAGAAGGAAAGGAUGAAGAAGAAGACAGUGCAAGCAGUAAUGAGGGAGAGGGAAUGUGGACUCCUCCAUCCCUUCCAGAAGUAGCUAGUGAGCUAGCAGCAGCCACAUCCUCAGACUCUGCUGAAGCAUUCACAGCACUUUUCCAUGGUCCUGCUGCCACCAGUAUCCCAGAUUUCCCCAGUCAGACUUUGGAAAUGAUGUCCAACUUUUCUCAUUCUGUGUACAUGCAUGGCCUUCAUGUGAACCCUAAUCUCUUCAGUAGAAGAAUUCCCUUGAUGGUAUGGAACAGUACAGCUUAUACCAUCCACACUUUGGAAGAGACUCAACGGAACAGUAAUCGUGCACUACUCACAUCCCUCUCCUCCCGCCAGCGAGACUGUCUAGCUGCUCUUGUCAAAUUUGCUGCCUAUGCUCCUCUCUGUGUCAAGAGAAAGCAGACCAUUGAAGGUGUAGCAGUUCGUCUGCUGAGUCUCCUCUUGGAGGGAGGAGACUCCACCCCUUGUGUGCUUGAGUGGGAUGUGUUCAGCAUCCUUGUCACACUCACAUUAUCACUACCAUCCAUAUUCCCUAGUAUUCAGGGUAUAGCCACAGGAUCACAGCAGGAUCUUCACAUCUUGCAAGUGUGCUUUCUGGCCCACAUAGUGCAACUCCUCCUCACAUAUGAGGAUCCAGGAACUGGUGUAGACAUGGAAGUGGAUGAAGGUUCUGAUAAAACCUCAGAAGCAGGAGAUGGGCCUUGGUUGGUGUCCAUGAUGGCACAUUGUCGUUCACUGGCCAGCAUUCCCCAGAUCAAAGUUCAGCCCCAGCAGCUUCUAGAUUAUGUGAAAAGAAAUUGCUUGUCCUACUUGCGAUGCUGUGGGUUAUUCUUCCAUUUCCUGACGGAGGUACCAGCCCCUGAAGAGCUGCAGUCCAGUGUGUGGGUCCCCGAGUCAGAAUUUUAUUGCCUCCUCCGCUACUUGGGGCUUUCAGUAAACCAACUGAGACCCACUUUUAGUGAUCCUCCUCUCUUGGAGCUAGUCAAUAGAUGGUGUAGUCAUGAUCGUGUUGGGCCCCUGGUUUGUGCAACUGAUAGAAGAGACUGUGUUAGGCACUGGACACACAUCAACCAAUUGGUCAGUCUACCUCAUGAUUACUCUGAGCUGAUAAACACAGUUUCCCAGUUCCCCUGCCCUGCGUCCUCUGGUGAUGACUCUCGCACACCAACCAUGUGCCUGGUGUGCGGCAAGAUGCUCUGCUCGCAGAGUUAUUGUUGUCAAACCGAGUUCCCUGAGGGUUCUCGACAGAUGGUAGGGGCCUGCACCUACCAUGCCCAUUUCUGUGGAGCAGGGACAGGUAUUUUCAUCAGAGUUCGUGAGUGUAAGAUCCUUUUGCUCUCUGGACAAAUCAAAGGUUGCUUUGUGAACCCACCAUACUUGGACGGGUAUGGUGAGACAGAUCAGGGAUUGAAGCGUGGUAAUCCCCUUCACUUGGAUGCCACCCAGUACUCCAAGCUGCAUGCCAUGUGGCUCUCACACUCCAUCCCAGACACAAUUGCCCACACCAUGGAGAGCAAUUCAAGUGUUGUGGCAACUGAAUGGCAACACCUCUAGGCAUUUGUGUACAAAUGGAAGUGGAAGUAAAGUCAGAGACAGUGCAAAAGAUCUGUAGAUUUGUUUGCAAAGCAGGUGAGAGCGUUUAAGAAAAAAAUAUAUUAUCCAAAUAUCCCUGAAAACAGAUUAAUAACCCUUUCCAAUGAGUAUUAUUGGAAAAGGUUUCUCAGAAAAAAAAUAUACAACAUGGCCAUUAUAUAGUCCAUAUAAUAAGUUUUUAUGUUAGUUGUUCACUUAGUCUUCACAUAUAUGGCAGGUAUCAGUUGUUCAUGUUCCUCUUGAGAUUGAUGAAAUCAUGUUAAUACAUGCCUAAACUUAUUAUUAUUUCUAUUGUGUCAAGCUUUCUGCCUUUGCUGAAUAUAUAUAUAUAUAUAUAUAUAUAUAUAUAUAUAUAUAUAUAUAUAUAUAUAUAUAUAUAUAUAUAUAUAUAUAUAUAUAUAUUCAGCAUAAGAACCUACCUAGUCAUUUCAACUGAAUUUUCAUGUUAUGAAGACUUGUGUCUGCAUAGAAGUAAAGUUUAGUAUUUUGCUUAACUAGAACACAAAAUAGUUCAAACAACAAACAUCCGUGUCAUGCCCUUGGUGUGUUUUAAAGAGGAAGCUUUGAUUUUAUGUAUUUCAUAUCUUGAAAGCUAUGUAGAAUUAUAUUAUAAAGAAAACUAUGGAACAAAGUGUAAGAGUAGCUAUUGUUUCAUGCCAUGAUAGGUAGUCUUUUCUUUUCUAUAGUGGAUAAUUUCAAACAUCAAUCGUUGAAUAAUCUUUUGAUAGUUAAAAGCAUACCUAUGCAUAGCUUUAUCAAACUUUCAAAAAUUCCGAAAAACAAAGAUUUGAAAAUUUUGUUAAAUCGUUGAUAAAUAUAAUAGGCAGAUAGUUUAAGCAGAUGAACAUUUAGGAAAUUUCCUCUUUUAUCUUUGUACAAUAUCUUUUGUUAUAGAAAAGUAAAAACUAGAUUAAGUUGCUAUUGUGUUUUAUAAUUAGUUAAGGAAAUGUUUGAGAAACAUUGUGUACACUAACUAUUGGACCAUGCUGUAUGGACAUAAUGUCAUCUUGAGGAAAUCAAUCUCAUGACUAAAAACACUAUUUAUUUUACCAUCUUCACAAAGAAUAUUUCUCAGUGUGCUUUAAAUAUGCCUCUUUAUAAAGGUAUUUAUGGAUUUACAAAUGAAAUGGCUCUAAACAUGGGUGAUUAUGAGAAUUAGGUAGUGUAAACAAGAUUAUUUUAUUUAUUUUAUAUGUUGAAAUGGGUAUUACAUUUUAUUUGUACACGUACUUAAUAACAAGUGAAUAAAUCUUGCAUCUAUUCAGUAAA